ACGGAGUACUGUGCCGUUAUUAAUUCAUUUUUUGAUCGGCUGUUUAACACUUAAAAAUAAUUAUGCUCCUAUAAACACCGCUCCCUUGUCGGUAAUGCCCCCACUCAAAUCUCAAUUAACUCCUCUCUCCCUCUCUCUCUCUCUCUCUCUACACUCUCCAUGGCGACAUUUUCUCACUCUUUCUUCUUCUUCAGUCUCGUCGUCUUCGUUCUCACAAUUCCGGCUGAAAUCGCCGCUGCGUCGGCUGAUCAGCCGGCUAAAACGUAUAUAUUUCGAGUCGACAGCCACACGAAGCCGGCGAUUUUCCCUACCCAUUACCACUGGUACUCUUCCGAAUUUGCCGAGCCAGCACACAUCCUUCACGUUUAUGACACCGUUUUUCAUGGUUUCUCAGCCUCCCUCAGUCCGUCGCAGGCCGCUUCGGUGCUCCGGCACCCAUCCGUCCUCGCAUCUUUCGAGGACCGCCGGAGGCAGCUUCACACCACUAGAUCGCCUCAAUUUCUAGGGCUCAGCAACCAGCGCGGUCUCUGGUCCGAAUCUGAUUACGGCUCCGAUGUUAUAAUUGGGGUUUUCGAUACCGGAGUUUGGCCGGAGAGGAGAAGCUUCUCCGAUCUGAAUCUCGGCCCCGUUCCUGCCCGUUGGAAGGGGGUUUGCGAAACAGGUGUGAAAUUCACCGCUCGUAAUUGUAAUAGGAAAAUCGUUGGAGCUCGAUUUUUCUCGAAAGGCCAUGAGGCGAGAGCAUUCGGCGGCGGUAUUAACGAUACGGUGGAGUUCCGGUCCCCUCGAGAUGCGGAUGGCCACGGCACUCACACGGCGUCGACGGCCGCCGGAAGGCACGCUUUCCAAGCUAGUAUGUCGGGUUACGCCUCUGGAAUCGCUAAAGGUGUUGCCCCCAAAGCUCGAUUGGCUAUCUACAAAGUCUGCUGGAAGGACGGCGGUUGUAUGGACUCCGACAUCCUCGCCGCUUUCAACGCGGCGGUUGCGGACGGUGUGGAUGUUAUUUCGAUCUCGAUUGGUGGAGGCGAGGGCGUCUCGUCGCCCUAUUACCUGGAUCCUAUCGCCAUAGGAGCAUACGGCGCCGUUUCGAGAGGUGUGCUUGUGGCCGCAUCCGCGGGCAACGACGGACCUAACCUCAUGUCCGUCACUAACGUUGCUCCGUGGCUGCUGACGGUGGGAGCCGGCACGAUCGACCGGAAAUUCCCGGCAGAAGUAAUCCUGAGCGACGGAAGGAAGUUCUCUGGGGUAUCACUGUACGCGGGGUCUCCAUUGAAGGACAAAAUGUAUCCCUUGGUAUUCCCAGGCAAAUCUGGGAUGCUCUCUGCUUCACUGUGUAUGGAGAAUUCACUCGACCCCAAAGAAGUCAGUGGGAAGAUUGUAAUAUGUGAUCGGGGGAGCAAUCCGCGGGUGGCGAAGGGACUGGUGGUGAAGAAAGCUGGAGGAGUUGGGAUGAUACUUGCCAACGGCGCCUCCAACGGCGAGGGCCUUGUUGGGGAUCCUCACCUCUUACCUGCUUGCUCGGUCGGAUCACGCGAAGGGGACGCCAUCAAAUCCUUCUUAGCUUCCAAUCCAAACGCCACUGCAACAAUCAACUUCUAUGGGACUGUGCUCGGAGUGAAACCAGCACCGGUGGUGGCUUCCUUCUCCGCCAGAGGCCCCAAUGGACUCAACCCUGAGAUACUGAAACCGGACUUGAUCGCCCCCGGAGUGAACAUCUUGGCUGCCUGGACGGACGCGGUCGGCCCGACCGGAUUAGAUUUGGACACCCGGAAAACCGAAUUCAGUAUCUUGUCUGGUACUUCCAUGGCUUGUCCUCACAUCAGCGGUGCAGCUGCCUUGCUUAAAUCCGCCCACCCCGAUUGGACGCCGGCGGCAAUAAGAUCAGCCAUGAUGACCACCGCCAGCAUCGUUGAUAACAAACUGCAGUCCAUGAUGACGGAGAAGUCCACCGGUGGAAAAGCCACUCCGUACGAUUUUGGUGCAGGCCACGUGAAUCUGGGUCUGGCAAUGGACCCUGGACUCGUCUAUGAUCUGACCAACGAAGACUACAUUUCCUUCCUGUGUGCAAUUGAUUAUUCUCCCAAGACAAUCCAGGUGAUCACGAGAUCGCCCGUGAGUUGCCCGUCUAGAAGAAAGCCAUUGCCCGAGGAUCUGAACUAUCCCUCCAUUGCAGCGCUGUUUUCAACCUCAGCUAGAGGGAGCACGAGCAAGACAUUCUCCAGGACAGUGACGAACGUGGGGCAGAUAGAUGCGGUGUAUACUGCCAAGGUUGAGGCCCCAAAGGGAGUGAGCGUGACAGUGAUGCCACAGAAGCUGGUGUUCUCGGAGAAGGUGAGGAAACUGAAGUACUAUGUGACCGUCAGGCUGAGCGGCAAGGAAGGGAUGUUCGAUGACGACUCGGGUGCUCUUUUUGGGUCGCUUUCUUGGACCGACGGGAAGCAUGUGGUUAGGAGCCCCAUAACUGUGACCCAACUUGCGCCAUUGUAGACUUUGAGAGCCUUUGGAUUAACUGAACAGCUCUGAUCAGAAUGAAAGAAAGAAACAAAGUGACGCAGCAGACUCAAAUAUAGCUUGACCUUGUGCUACUACACCUUAUAUAGGAAGUGGGAGAGCAGAACUUCGAUCUGAGAAGAAGCAAUUAUUUUCCAGGAUUUGGGGUUUCAGUUGUUUUGCCACUCCACCCUUUUACAGGCUUUACCUUUUACUUCUUGGUUUAUUUGUUUAGCUCUUGGCUUUACCUUUAAAUGCUGUCUUCUUAUAUUAUACGUCGAGUGAAUGAAAUUGAAAACAAUGAUAGAUUUCCAGUGCUCCUCCAGAAUUAAGAAUUGAAAUCACAGAAUUAUAUACGAGGAAAAACCUGCGUUGCAAUGCGCUUGCACAGUAGCACACUUGCAAUAUAAAGAUAAAGGUGAUUG